CAUUGUCGCUCAGAGUAUAUCGUCAAGGAAGAAAACAGCACUGCCUGUGUUGGGUGGAUCGUGUCAAGUCUCUUCGACUCGAUGAUUGGAGCCUGAGACAUGCCGAGAAAGGGCCACGCAAUCCAUCGUGGCAGAGAUCAGUAUAAAAGCUUGCAUCGACCGUCUCUCCUGCUUUAUAUGCUGAGACACCACCUCAGGCAGCCACCGUACGGUAAGUAAUGACCGUACCGAAACUGCGGCUCCACCAGCAGUUAACGGCCGCUUAACUCCGACCCAAACUUUGCCCGUCAGCCGCCUGCAUAAGUAGCGCAGUCCACCCCGGAUCCUUUCCACAAUCGCACCUCUUGACAUCAUGGCCACCGAACCCACCAUGAAGCGCGAUUCCUCGACUUCGCCCGACCUGGAGAGUAUUGAGCCCGAGCACCUCCAGCCAGAUGAUUGGAAGGGCUUGACCGACCCGAAAGAGCGCAGGCGCCGUCAAAAUCGGGUCAAUCAGCGGGCUUACCGAAAGCGGAAGCAAGAACAGCGCCGAAAUAUCAAAAUCCCCUCAUCCGAGCUCGUCAAACGAAUAUCCUCUUCCUCCGAGAACACCUCCCCAUCAUCAAACCCAGACACAACACCCACCAGCACCUCACUCUCUAUCCGAAAUGCCAAACCCAGCACACAACCACUCACCCUCUCCUCGCGCUGCAUCAGCCUCGACAAAGCCUCCACCCUCCUCGACCAACUCAGCAUCACCGCCUACGAAAACUACAUCCUCGGCUCCCCGACCUCCGACCACCUCAUGACCCUCAGCAAAAUGAACGUCUUCCGCGCCUUCAACUCCAUCAUCACCACCCUCGGCAUGCAACACAACAUGGAAUGGCUCCACGACGACGCCAUCUCGCCCUUCUCAACGCACCAGCCCGGCUACGUCGAAGACCCCAACCUCCCCGUCAGUCUGCGCCCGACCCCCAUCCAACGCCGCAUCUCCCACCACCCGUGGCUCGACUUCUUUCCGGACCCGCGCAUGCGCGAUAAUCUGGUCUCCGCGGGCGACGCCUUCGACGACGAGCAGCUCUGCAUCGAUAUCAUGGGGUUCUGGGACAUGUCGAAUGAAAGCUGUAGUUUGCUGGUUUGGGGCGAUCCGUCGGAUCCGGCGAAUUGGGAGGUUACCGAACAGUUUCUGCGGAAGUGGCCGUGGGUGGUGCGCGGGUGUGGUGGGCUCAUGGAGGCGACGAAUCGCUGGCGCGCGAGCAGGGGGGAGAAGAUGAUUUUUCGGUAUUUAUAACCAAUCCGGAUUUCUGUUAUUGCAAUUGAGCGACGCAGUGGAUAUGUAAAUGGUAAAUGGUAAAUGGUCAAUGAUAUAUGAUAUAUGAGAUUAAAUGACUUGAGAUAUACUUGGG